CCCGCUUGCUGGGUUUCGGCAAACCUUGGCCCGAAGGUAUAUCACGAUUUCCCAUCCUUAUAAAACCAAUACCUCCUCCCGUCCUCGCACUCCAACGACGACAAGACUCCCAGGCGGCAGGAUAACGAUAGCAACGAUCGUCGCGAAAGCAGAUAUUCUGCGGACAGAGGAUAACGAAAUGGAUACGGACAACUCUACGCUGCCGACGGAACAAUCGGCUGUGCAAGAGACCUGUGACCGGGAUGUUACGAUGUCUCCGCGCAAGCGCAGACGGCUUUCGGUUUCUCUUGAACCAGAACUCACAGAGCCAGAGGCUGCCGGAACUCCAGGAGAAGGGUGCAGCACAGCAGAUACUCCCGAAUCUACGGCCUCGGAACCCAGGUCUCUCUUCAAUUCGACCCGCACGGAGGGCAACAUUGCUCCUUUCCUGACCAAACACAUCAAGGAUCAGCAUGCAUCAAGGAACAGAUUUGCCCCGAUAGACUCAUCCCUACCGCGACGCAAGGCAGAUUCAAAAUAUUGCUAUCGCCACCGACCAGACCUAAAGUGUCGACGUCAGGCAGUUGAGCCUACAGUUGACCAGAUGCAGAGAGUAAGCAUACCACUUACGGCUAUGACGUUAUGAGGCAGUUAGUUGUACUGACUUAGUCUACUAGGAUCUCUCGACCUUGUCACAGAAUGACCAACAAAGCAUUGCGCAUUUUUGGUCUUUGUUCUCCGCUGCACCUUCAAAGCACCGCAAUCUCAUGUUGCAGGGGAUCGUGGCGCAGUGCUGUUUCCCUCAACUCUCCUUCCUCUCAGCUAGUGUUCGAGACCUGAUUCGCAUUGACUUCGUGACGGCCUUGCCACCAGAGAUCUCUUUCAAAAUUCUGUCUUACCUCGAUACCGCUUCUUUAUGCAGUGCAGCUCAAGUGUCCCAUAGCUGGCGGGCUCUUGCAGAUGAUGACGUUGUCUGGCAUCGCAUGUGUGAGCAGCAUAUCGACCGCAAAUGUGAAAAGUGCGGGUGGGGGCUCCCCAUGCUUGAUAGAAAAAGGUUGAAGGACACAAAGCGCCAGGUUCAGUUGCGCGCGGCUGGUAAGGAGAUUGCUCCUAAUCAACGCCCACAGCAACAGCACCGGCCGUGGAAAGCAGUCUAUAUGGAUCGUUUCAAAGUUGGCACCAACUGGAAGUACGGUCGAUGCACGACCACCAUAUUUAGGGGACAUACAAACGGCGUCAUGUGUCUACAGUUCGAUGACAAUAUCCUUGCUACCGGCUCGUACGAUGCUACUAUUAAGAUAUGGGACAUUGAGACCGGCAAGGAGAUACGCACGCUUCGGGGCCACGAAUCGACUAUCCGCUGUCUGCAGUUCGACGAUACCAAACUGAUCAGCGGAAGCCUUGAUCGAACCAUUAAAGUGUGGAACUGGCGAUCAGGAGAGUGUAUAUCAACAUACACUGGCCAUCAAGGUGGGGUCCUUUGUUUACAUUUUGAUUCCACAACUCUUGCCUCGGGUUCGAAGGACAACACUGUCAAGAUCUGGAACUUCCAGGACAAGUCCACUCGGAUCCUCCGCGGGCACGCGGACUGGGUCAAUUCAGUUAAGCUUGAUACUGCUUCUCGUACUGUAUUCUCUGCUUCUGAUGAUACCACCGUUCGUAUCUGGGACUUGGACACGGGUAAAUGUAUCCACACCUAUGCAGGACAUGUAGGCCAGGUCCAGCAGGUCCUCCCACUCCCACGAGAAUUCGAGUUCAAACACCAGUCAAAUUGUGCAGAUGAUAGAAGCGAUCGUCUCUCUGGCUCAGAAUCUCCCGACCACCGAGAAAGUCAUGGCUAUGGCAGUAAUAACGUACCAGACCAACAGCCUAACACUUCCGCCCCUCCGACGCAGCCCAUGUCUCCCCUUUUUGAGGCCCUCUUCACCGAAGACCAAGGCCGCCCAGCUCCACCACGCUAUAUGCUUACUGCUGCUCUUGACCUUACCCUUCGUCUCUGGGAGGUUCAUACUGGUCGCUGCCUCCGAACGUUUUUCGGACACAUUGAAGGCGUCUGGGGGUUGGCUGCCGAUACCCUCCGCUUUGUCUCUGGUGCACAAGAUCAUAUGGCAAAGGUCUGGGAUCCCCGAACCGGAACCUGCGAGAGAACGUUCACCGGUCAUAGGGGACCUGUUACCUGCGUCUCUCUGAGUGAUAGCCGCAUGGCAACUGGAAGCGAAGACUCUGAAGUCCGAAUGUAUAGUUUCAAAGCUUGAUUCCAAAUGUUUGAUUAUGGUUUUUGUUUUUUUCCCCAUCAUUUUCCCUUCAUAUUUGUCUGCUGGAGUUACUCCGUGGCAUUUCCACAAACAUGUGCGAGUGAUUUUUUUUUUUUUUUCUUAUUAUACCCAGCAUCUGCAUCGGUGGGUUUUUCAUAAAUUUGAAGCUCGUAUCUGGCUCUGUUUGGCCCUACAAGCGUGUCUUUAUAUCUGUUCGUGUACUAUCUAAAUGUAUGGGAUAUACCCGGCGCAGCCCCUUUCAAAUUUUUCUGGAGUUCAUGCUCAGUGCUUUCUGGCCAUCAGUCAAUAUGCCUUGAAUGAUUAAAAUGGUACAUCAUGUUUGAUAUAUAUUCCUAUGAUUGAAUAUACCUUAUAUUACGUCGUGUUCAGUAUCUAUUAUCCAUUUACUGCUGUUAUUUUCCAGGUCGGUGAUCUUGGGAGUGAUACUGGUUUCCGCCUAUAUACAGUUGGCGCCUUUACCUAGUAAGUAUUCAGUUUGCAAUCAAUAUCACUCUCAGUUGCUAACAAAUAUUUGUUUUCAAGAGCCUUAGCAAACAAAACUUUUCAUCUAUCGUGCCAGCAAUCACUCAUCACCAACUACACCAACAUCACCAUCGCGGAAUCUAGUCUAUAUAAACCCCGUACUCGCCGGCUCUCACGGAUAUCCAGGCCCAAAGCUCGCAGA